AUGAAUCCGGCAUGCGCGGAGGCAGCAGCCGCCAAGAAGUCCCGGCACAAGGACAAGAAGCAGAAGAAAAGCAAGCGCAAAGAAACCGCGGAGCACCUCGGCGGCGAGCCCGCGACGGCCGAGGAGGAAGCCGUCCACAAGAAGAAGAAGAAGAAGAAGCACGCGAAGGAGGAGGGGAAGGCGGAUCCGAAGCGGAGGCCGACGGUGAGCAUCGCCGUCGCCGGCUCCGUCAUCGACAACGCCCAGUCCCUCGAGCUCGCCACCCUCCUGGCCGGUCAGAUAGCCCGCGCGGCGGCCGUAUUCCGUAUCGACGAGAUUGUCGUCUUCGACAGCAGUCCAGCGGCGGAGAACGGCGGCGGCGACGCCGAAGAGGAGGAGGAGAGCGGUGCGCGGUUCCUUGUCCGCAUACUGGAGUAUCUGGAAACGCCGCAGUACCUGCGCCGCCGUCUCUUCCCAAUGCACAAGAACUUCAAAUAUGUGGGGUUGCUUCCGCCGCUGGACGCGCCUCACCAUGUGCGCAAGCACGAGUGGUCUGAAUUUCGUGAAGGUGUAACAUUGGGUGGGGAUCGUUCAAAGGGCACACCUGUUGAUGUUGGGUUAAGUCAGAACAUUCUGGUUGAGCAAAUCCUAGAACAAGGUAAAAGGGUAACUGUAGCCAUGGGAACCAACAGAGACCUUACACCAGCUUGUGUAAGGAAAGUCGUUCCCCCGUCCUCACCCAGCGAAGAAAUGGGAUCAUAUUGGGGCUAUAAAGUCCGCUAUGCUUCAAAUUUAAGUGGUGUUAUCAAUGAUUCACCAUACAAGGAAGGAUAUGAUCAUAUCAUUGGCACUUCAGAGCAUGGCGAAACCAUUAUUUCAUCUGAGCUAAUCUUACCUUCAUUCAGGCACCUUUUAAUUGCGUUUGGUGGACUGGCUGGUCUGGAAGAAAGCAUCGAAGAGGACCCAAAUCUGAAUGGCAAAGGUGCAAAUGAUGUAUUCCCAUCUUAUUUGAAUACAUGCCCCAACCAAGGUAGCAGAACAAUAAGGACAGAGGAGGCACUUCUCAUAUCCCUUCAAUACUUCCAAGACCCCAUCAGGCGAGCUGGGAUGGCGAGUUAG